UGUAAUGGCUGCUGAGCCAAGGUUAGACGUAACAAGGAAAAAGAUUGGUAAACUACUUUUAUUUCAUGGCAGCAGUAGUCAAACCUCUGUAAUUGUUUUGAUAGAAAGAAAAUAUUUAACAACAACAAUAUUUUCAAGAACUGAUAGAGAUUCGAUGAAGAUGGUGAUAAUCGGAUCACCGCUACUUUUGGCUUUGGGUUUAUGUGCUCUCUUCAUCUUUGGUUUGAAAUUUUCAGCUCAAGCUCAGAAUCAAUCUCAGCCAACUACUGAUCCUGCCGAAGCAAGAGCAUUGAACUCAAUAUUUCAACGGUGGGGAAUAUCAGCACGACAAGACCAAUGGAACAUAAGUGGCGAGCCAUGCAGCGGAGCGGCCCUCGACUCUGACUCUACUGACAUUGAUAACACUGAUUACAACCCUUUCAUCAAAUGUGACUGUUCUUUCAAUGGCUCUACUUGCCACAUCACCCGUCUGAAAGUUUAUGCACGGAAUGUCGUGGGUGUGAUUCCAGAUGAACUUUGGUCUUUGACGUUUCUUACCAAUCUGAGGCUGGGCCAGAAUUACUUAACAGGUCCCCUUUCAGCUUCCAUUGGCAAUCUAACUCGAAUGCAGUGGCUGGACCUUGGCAUUAAUGCACUAUCAGGGGAGCUUCCAAAGGAAGUAGGACUGCUUACUGAUUUAAGAUCAUUUGCCAUUGGAACUAAUAACUUCUCUGGUCCUUUGCCAUCUGAGCUUGGCAACUGUUCAAUGCUACAACAACUUUAUUUUGAUGGUUCUGGUAUAAGUGGUGAGAUUCCUUCAACAUUCGCUAAUCUGCAGAACUUGGAUACAGUGUGGGCAUCAGACACUGAACUUACAGGGAGGAUACCUGACUUUAUAGGGAAUUGGUCAAAGCUUACUGUCUUGAGAUUUCAAGGAAACUCUUUUGAAGGUCCAAUACCUUCAACAUUUGCCAAUCUUACGUCUUUAACAGAGUUGAGGAUAAGUGGUUUAUCUAAUGGAGGUUCCCUAGCAUUUAUUAGGGAUAUGAAGUCCUUAAGUGUCUUAGAUCUAAGGAGCAAUAAUAUUUCUGAUACAAUUCCAUCCAGCAUAGGGGAAUACCAGAGUUUGACACAGCUGGAUUUAAGCUUCAAUAACAUAACUGGACAGAUCCCAGAUGCUCUGUUUAAUUUGAGUUCACUCACUUAUUUGUUUCUUGGAAAUAAUAAGUUGAAUGGUACACUGCCUGCAGAAAAGAGUUCAUCUCUUCGCAAUAUAGAUGUAUCGUACAACAAUUUAGCUGGGAGCUUUCCUUCUUGGAUCAACCAACCAAAUUUAUUAGUUAAUUUAGUUGCCAACAACUUUACAAUAGGACAGUCAAACAGCAGUGUUUUGCCAUCAGGGCUGAACUGCCUUCAACGGAAUUUUCCUUGCAAUCGAGGAUCUGGAAUCUAUUAUAACUUUGCAAUUAAGUGUGGUGGUCCACAGAUUACAUCAUCAGAUGGGACUCUGUUCGAGAGGGACAAUGAGACACUUGGUCCAGCAUCAUAUUAUGUUACGGACACUAAUAGGUGGGCAGUCAGUAAUGUUGGAUAUUUUACUGGGACCAAUAAUCCUCAGUACACUAUUACUUCCGCAUCUCAGUUCACAAACACCCUAGACUCAGAGCUAUUUCAGACAGCACGGAUCUCUGCUUCAUCACUAAGGUACUAUGGAUUGGGGCUUGAGAAUGGCACCUAUACUGUGAGGCUUCAAUUUGCAGAAACACAAAUUCUAGAUACUGAUAGAUGGGAAAGUCGUGGGAGGCGUGUUUUUGAUAUUUAUAUCCAGGGGAGUCUUGUUUUAGAGGAUUUUGACAUACAGAAGGAGGCCGGUGGGGUUUCUAGACGAGCAGUUAUAAAAGAGUUUAAGGCUCUGGUAUCAGAAAACUACCUUGAAAUUCAUCUGUUUUGGGCUGGAAAAGGGACUUGCUGUGUUCCAGCUCAAGGUACAUAUGGGCCGUCCAUUUCAGCAAUCAGUGCUUACCCAGAUUUCAUACCUACUGUUAGUAAUAAUGCUUCUACUAGCAAGAAGACUAGAACUGGCUUGAUCGUGGGGAUUGUUGUUGGUGUUGGAGUUGUAGGCCUACUGUUUGUUGCAGCAUUCUGCAUUUUUAGGAGACAAAGGGCCCGUAAGAAAGAUGAUGAAGAGCUACUAGGGAUAGAUGCUAAACCCUACACUUUCAGUUAUGCUGAACUAAGAGCUGCUACAGAGGAUUUCAACCCUGCAAACAAGCUUGGAGAGGGAGGAUUUGGGCCAGUCUAUAAGGGAAGACUUGAUGAUGAAAGAGUAAUUGCUGUCAAGCAAUUGUCUGUAGCAUCCCGCCAAGGCAAGAGCCAGUUCGUUACAGAAAUUGCCACUAUAUCAGCUGUGCAACACCGUAACCUCGUCAAAUUAUAUGGAUGCUGCAUUGAGGCAGAUCAGCGUCUCCUUGUUUAUGAGUAUCUGGAAAACAAAAGUCUAGAUCAAGCAUUGUUUGGUAUGAAGAUAGAAUCAAUGAAAUUAUAUGCUUUUCUUUCUAAGUCGGAAAGUUGGAAACAUAUUGGAUGUAUAGUUACAUAUGGCUUGCAUGAAGCAGGAAAAAAUUUGAACCUCAGUUGGUCAACACGGUAUGAUAUAUGCAUGGGAGUAGCACGAGGUUUAGCUUACCUUCAUGAAGAAUCAAGGGUUCGCAUCGUGCACAGAGAUGUCAAGUCCAGCAAUAUUUUGCUUGAUUCUGAUCUCACCCCGAAAAUCUCUGAUUUUGGUUUAGCCAAACUUUACGAUGAUAAUAAGACCCACAUAAGUACCCGUGUUGCAGGGACAAUCGGGUAUCUUGCACCAGAGUAUGCCAUGCGUGGACACCUUACAGAGAAGACUGAUGUGUUCGCCUUUGGCGUUGUGGCUCUAGAGAUUGUUAGUGGAAGACCUAAUUCUGAUUCAAGCUUGGUGGAAGAGCAGAUGUACCUUCUUGAAUGGGCUUGGCACCUGCAUGAAAAGGAUCAUGAAGUUGAACUUGCGGACUGUAAUUUAUCCGAAUUCAACGAGGAAGAAAUGAAGCGUGUUAUCGGAAUUGCUCUUUUGUGUACUCAAACAUCACCAAUGCAAAGGCCAUCCAUGUCUCGUGUGGUGGCUAUGCUUUCGGGAGAUGCUGAAGUGAGCAGAGUAGUUUCAAAGCCUGGAUACUUGACUGACUGGAAGUUCGAUGACGCAACUAGCUUUACGAGUAAUCUGGAAACUGGAGCAAGUGAAACCAACUAUGAUACCUCUAUAAGUACAAGCAUAGUAGCUGAUGCACAGAUUUCACCUGGAAAUGUUACUAAACCUAUGCUCGACGUUAUCAUUGGAGACGGAAGGUGAGAUUUUAGCCUUUAUCAUUAUUUUUGUGGCAUAAAUCUACACAAUUCAUACAUUCUUAAUUGUAAAUCAUCUAUAUAAUCAAAGAAUGUGAGCUGCGGCUGUUAUUAAUUUCAUUGUUAGAUUGGUUUUACUAUUAUUUCCUAAAUGAAAUUAGAAGUUUUGCAUUUGUUUCAUAUUGGCUGAGGGAUAUGGAGUUUUGGAUUAAAGUCAUGCACAAGUUGUCUAGCAACUAUUUACCACCAGAGAAGCUUCAAAAAUAUCGUAAGAUAUAUCAAAAACAAAUCAACAUUAAUUACUCUUUGAACAAAUGUGCCCAAAGUUCACACAACUAAAGAUUCUAUUUUAAAAAUGUGCCCAAAGAUGACGGCUGUGACUUUGAU